AUGAUUGCUCAGAUUGAAUGGAUAUACGGCUCGGUCACGGAGGAUAUCUUAACCGGUUUCAAGAUGCACUGCCGAGGAUGGAGAUCGAUUUACUGCAUGCCCUUAAGGCCUGCAUUCAAAGGGUCUGCACCAAUCAAUCUGUCCGAUCGGUUGCACCAGGUUCUCCGAUGGGCUCUUGGAUCAGUCGAAAUUUUCCUAAGCAGGCAUUGUCCCCUAUGGUAUGGCUUUGGAGGCGGUCGUCUUAAAUGGCUUCAAAGGCUAGCAUAUAUCAACACCAUUGUUUAUCCUUUCACAUCUCUUCCUCUCAUUGCUUCUUGUUCUCUGCCGGCAAUCUGUCUUCUUACCGGAAAAUUUAUCAUCCCCACGCUGUCAAACCUGGCAAGUAUUCUCUUUCUUGGACUUUUUCUUUCCAUUAUCGUAACCGCCGUGCUCGAGCUCCGAUGGAGUGGAGUCAGCAUCGAGGAAUUAUGGCGUAACGAGCAGUUUUGGGUCAUCGGAGGCGUUUCUGCCCAUCUCUUUGCCGUCUUCCAAGGUAUACUGAAGAUGCUGGCGGGUAUCGACACCAACUUUACUGUCACUGACAAAGCAGCCGACGAUGCCGAGUUCGGUGAGCUCUACAUUGUGAAAUGGACGACGCUUUUGAUACCCCCAACGACGCUUCUCAUCGUCAACCUGGUCGGAGUCGUGGCCGGAUUCUCCGACGCGCUCAACAAAGGGUACGAAGCUUGGGGACCACUCUUUGGCAAAGUGUUCUUUUCAUUUUGGGUCAUCCUCCAUCUUUAUCCAUUCCUCAAAGGUCUCAUGGGUAGACAAAACAGGACACCGACCAUUGUUGUUCUCUGGUCUGGGUCCGGUAGCACCACCAUGACCUCGAGCUGCACUUCCAUUGCUUGCUGA